AUGGUUUGGGAAGUCCACCAGUAUCGCGACUAUCCCUUGGACCCCGCCAACAAGGUGUCGAGCAAGACUAGUCGCUACUAUGAGCUCCCCGACAUGACCCUGCAGACUCUGCAGCUGGGCAAGGGUGGUGACAAUCCUCCCGAUGCUUGGGCCGGAUUACACGAGGGCAAGCAGAGCGUUGUCCCCUCCAAAAAGAAGCUCGACCAAGCCAGGGCCGACGUCCAGAAGGACUUCGCGAAUGAUAACAACCCGGAUAAGCCCAAGACAUUUGCCCAGCGCUCCCAGCAGAAUGCUCCCGAAUUCAUCGUUGCCUAUCAAAACUAA